CUUUUUAAUGUUUAAUUAUCGCUGUUUCACUCAAGUGUAGAAAGUACGACGCAGUGCAGCUACGAGAAGCAGCGUCUCGCCCACCUGUGUUUACGUAUCGCAAACGUCACGCGCACGAUUGUUUUCCUGCGUUCUAUCGCGUAGAAAAAAGGAGGAAGAGGAAAUCACGUGCGAUCAUCGAGGUGAAGGCGUGAAGGUAGUACGUAUCGAUGUCGGGUAUCAAUUUCGUUCCACGAUGAGCGGCGUCCGACGAAAAAAAGCCAAUCACCUGGCGGUGUUCAAGCAGCGCACCAAGAACGAGGAUAACGACGAGCUGUCGAGGAGUCUCAUUAUAGGGGCGAGAAAGACUGGGCGGUUGAAUCUCUCGUCGAAAGGACUGUCCACGGGUAUAUAUUUGUUACGAGCACCCGCCUUACCCGACAAAAUAUGGAGCAUAAACGAAUUAACGGAAGAGGAACUACGUGAUUUGCAUGUCGAAUUUGAUUACGAACCCUUGGAGGAGCGAUGGUGGGAACAAGAGCCGUUGAAGAUGCUAGAUCUGAGCUUUAAUAGUUUAACUGUGAUCGAUGAAAAAAUAGAAUUUCUAACUGAACUGAGUACCUUGGACUUGCAUAACAAUUUGUUAGAAAAACUACCAGCUGAAAUCGGUUCUCUGCGCAAACUAAGAAUAAUAAAUCUAUCAGACAAUAAGCUGAAUAGUUUACCUUCUGAAUUUUAUACGUUGGAGGAGCUAUGCGAAUUAUACCUGAAAAAUAAUCUCAUAAGUACUCUCGAAGCUGAAAUUGGGAAUUUGAUCAUGUUAAAUCAUUUGGAUUUAUCAUAUAACAGUCUAAGUGAAUUGCCGAUUGGAAUGGGAUACUUGGUGCGGCUAAAGACAUUGAAUUUAUGUCAUAAUAUGAUAAAAGAGUUACCACCCGAUGUAACAAGUAUGAGAUCGUUAAAAACAUUAGAUGUCAGCUUUAAUCAGUUGGAAACGAUACCACCAUUAGGUGAAUUGCGAAAAGUAGAGAGAAUUAUGUUCCAGUCGAAUAAUUUGCAGGAAUUUCCAGACAUAUCAGGUUGUUCAGCUUUAACAGUAUUGCAUUUGGAUAACAAUAACAUUCCUGAAAUUAAUCCGCAAUACUUGGAAGCAACAGGACAUCUAAAAAAACUUACACUGCAAGGCAAUAAAAUUGAAGUAAUACCAGAAGAAAUAGUCAAACUGAUAAAUUUAAAAGUUUUUGACUUGUCGCAUAAUAAUAUAUCUUUGAUACCUUUCUGUAUCGGUAUAUUGCCCAACUUAAAGCAGUUUAUAAUCGAGGGAAAUAAUAUUAAAAAUGUGAGAGGAGACAUUAUACGAUGCGGAACACCUCGAAUCUUGACGCACAUUCGUCAAACUGUAGAUAAUAAUACAAGUAUAAACACCAAAGAAUUGUUACAACCCAGUGCCAGCAACAGUAUUUAUCCUGAUAAAUAUGUAAUGAAGAAUACGAAGCUGUUCAGCUUAGCUGGACAAAAUCUUUUGGAAAUACCCGAAGAAGUUUUAGAAGAUGCAGCAAACGUCUCCGUCACGAUUAUUGAUCUAAGUAGAAACAAACUGUCAAAACUGGCUGAUAAAAUGUCAACGAUCACUACAGUGACAGAUUUAAAGUUGACUUCAAAUCAUUUAGCAAGCUUGCCAGAAUGGAUUGGCGAGAAGUACAAAUGUUUGCAGGUUUUAGACCUAAGUAAAAAUCAUCUACAGUCUCUGCCGUCAAGCAUUAGUUGCCUGAAAUACUUGCGAGAUAUCGAUCUUUCAUUUAACAGGUUUACUGAGUUACCAGAAGCUAUUUAUGACGUUGAAUCAUUGGAAAAUUUAAUUGUUAAUGACAAUUCAAUCGCAAAAAUCGAUGUGCCACUUUUGAAAAAGUUAAAACGGCUAGCAGUUUUAAAUUUGACAAAUAACAAUAUUGCUCAUGUACCCCCUGAACUUGGUAAUUUGAAAAACUUAAGGAAUCUAUCAUUAUCUGGGAAUUGUUUUAAAUAUCCCCGACAAGCAAUUCUAAUGAAAGAUACAGAGGAAAUACUGAGCUAUCUACGUAAUCUAAUACCUCAAUAAUGAAUAAAAAACGAAAUAGUAUAUAAAAAAUAUCUGUUUUCAAAAAUGUUACAAAUCUGUUAUAUGUAUAUGAGUGUGUUGCGUGUGAAUAUUAUAUCUAGGUAUAAAUACAUUUUUACUGGUCUCUAAAAAUGAUCCUAUCCAGGAUAAGCCAAAUCAAGUGCAAAGUAAUUUGAAUAAGAUAGAUUAAAUGAAUAAACUGGCAUAAAUAAAAGAGGAGAAAAGGCAGCCGAAUAAUAAUUGCAUGGAAAUGAGAAUGCAAUAUAUAUAUAUAUAUAUUAAAAGAAUAAAAAUAUUUAAGAUAAAAUUAAAUUUAUGAAUUAGAAUAAGUUUGAGUGAAGUAAAAGUUAAUAAAGAAAAUCAAUAAAUUUGUUA